AUGCUGCCUUCGGCCGAUCCUUGGACCCCGUCCGGCAACGCCAAGGCCAUUGAUUGCCUACAGUUAGUCCGCAAGGACUGCCAGUCGAUAGACAACUACGGCAAGAGAUCCCUACAGGCCGUCGCAGAGCACCACGGGGGUUUACUGAAGCACACAUCCAUCGAAGACAUCAUGACGAAGUUCGGUAAUUGCGUCGAUGCAGCGACUGUCCAGAACCUCGUGGAGCAGCUCGGCGCUUUACACGCUGCCCAGUAUACUGGGUCUGGUAUCUUAUACGGCGCCUCCCCUCCCGAUAUACCAUCCUGCGAGCCUAUACGCCUCGCAGACCAAAGUGGUGACCGACCUAGUGAAGAAGCUGGACACAUGGUAGAGGUCAUGAAAUCACUCUCCAUGUCAGUCCAGCAAGAGAACAGUCGACGCCUCUUCCCCAAGUUUUCUAAAGCAGUCUUGGGCAAAGUGACUGGUACAAUAAGACUCCUUGUAAAGAACCUCGCUCCAGAGUACUAUGAAGAAUGCGUCAAGAUCGUCCAGCAACUUCCCAAUGACGAGAAAGUGCACACGGACCCAGAUGACUUCGUGAGUCUCUUUGCACUGCGUCUCCUUCCAACGGACAAGCUGGUGGCGACAUGA